CCGGGGACUGCCGCGGCAGGGGAGAGUGUCGCCAGGGCAGCUGUGUGUGCCAAGAUGGCUAUGCCGGGGAGGACUGCGGGGAAGAAGUGCCAGCCAUCGAGGGCAUGAGGAUGCACCUCCUGGAGGAGACCACGGUUCGGACGGAGUGGACACGGGCUCCAGGCCCCGUCGAUGCCUAUCAGAUUCAGUUCAUCCCCACGGUGAGGGCAGAGGGAGGGAGCCCCCCGUUCACGGCGCGGGUGCCCAGCUCUGCCUCUGCCUAUGACCAGAGAGGACUGGCCCCCGGUCAGGAGUACGAGGUCACUGUCCGUGCCCUUCGAGGGACCAGCUGGGGCCCCCCGGCCUCUAAGACCAUCACCACCAGCGCACCGUGCGCCUGCCCGACCUCAGGCCCGGCACCACCUACCACGUGGAGGCGCACGGGGUGCGGGCGGGGCGCACCUCCAAGUCCUACGCCUUCGUCACCACCACAGGGGACACCCCAGUGGGGGCCACAGAUGAGCCUCCUCCUCCGGGCCCCUCCACGACUCAGGGGGCCGAGGCCCGGCUGGUGCAGCGCCCCCAGGAGCUGGGGGAACUGAGGGUGCUGGGCCGAGACGAGACGGGGCACCUCCACGUGGCCUGGACCGCCCAGCCGGACACCUUUGACCACUUCCGGCUGCACCUGCAGGUGCCGCAGGGGCCCGGGGCACACGAGGAGCUGCUGCCGGGGGAUGUCCGCCGCGCUCUGGUGCCCCCACCCCCGGCUGGAGCCCCCUACACGCUGUCGCUUCACGGCAUCCUUCCGGGGGGCAGGCCCUCCGUUCCUGUCACCUUCCAUGGCACCAUGGACGAGGAGAAGGAGGCGCCCAGCGAGGCCCCGGGCGCACCCCGCCUGGGGGAGCUGACAGCGACCCCCGGCGUGAGCCCUGACUCCCUGCUGCUGCGCUGGACGGUCCCCGAGGGGGAGUUCGACUCCUUCGUGGUCCAGUACAAGGACAGGGCGGGGCCCCGGGCGAUGCCGGUGGAGGGGCCCCAGCGCUCAGCCCUCGUCACCUCCCUGGAGCCGGGCCGCAAGUACAAGUUCGUGCUGUACGGGCUCGUCGGCAAGAAGAGGCACGGCCCCGCGGUGGUUGAAGCCAGGCUGUCGCACUGGAAGGAACCCGGCCCAGAAACGCCGCCCCGCCUGGGAGAUCUGUGGGUAACAGACCCCACUCCAGACUCCUUGCACCUCACCUGGACGGUCCCCGAGGGCCAGUUCGACUCCUUCAUGGUCCAGUACAGGGACCGUGAUGGCCGGCCCCAGGUGGUCCCUGUGGAAGGGCCCGACCGCUCGGUCACUGUCUCCCCGCUGGACCCUGACCACAAGUACAGAUUCUCCCUGUUUGGGGUGGCCAACAAGAAGCGGUACGGCCCCCUCACGGCCGAUGGCACUACGGCCCCAGCUAGGAAGGAAGAGCCGCCUCGUCCGGAGCCCCCUGAGCAGCCCCUCCUGGGGGAGCUGACGGUGACCGGCGUGACCCCGGACUCCCUUCGCCUGUCCUGGACGGUGGCCCAGGGCCCCUUCGACUCCUUUGUAGUGCAGUACAAGGACGCCCAGGGGCAGCCCCAGGCGGUGCCCGUUGGGGGCGACGAGAAUGAGCUCACCAUCCCCGGCCUGGAGCCCAACCGGAAGUAUAAGAUGAACCUCUACGGGGUUCGUGGCAGGCAGCGUGUGGGUCCGGCCUCUGUAGUGGCCAAGACGGCCCCACAGGAGACCCCGGACCCCACAGAACCCAGCGCAGAGGCCCUGAAAACCCUUGAAGAGCCGCGCCUGGGGGAGCUGACGGUGACAGGCGCCAGCCCGGACUCCCUCAGCCUCUCCUGGACGGUCCCCGAGGGACACUUUGACCACUUCCUGGUCCAGUACAGGAACGGGGACGGCCAGCCCAAGGCGCUGCGGGUCCCGGGCCAUGAGGACGAGGUGGCCGUCUCGGGGCUGGAGCCCGACCACGAGUACAAGAUGCACCUGUACGGCUUCCACGGCGGCCGGCGCGAGGGACCCGUGUCUGUCACCGGGGUCACAGAGCCAGAGGAGCCCCCCAGCCCCCCAGAAGCCGGCACAGAGGCCCCGGAGCCCCCCGAGGAGCCGCUCCUGGGGGAGCUGACGGUGACAGAGGCGUCCCCAGACUCCCUGGGCCUGUCCUGGACGGUGGCCCGGGGCCACUUCGACGCGUUCAGCAUCCAGUACAAGGACGAGGCGGGGCGGCCGCAGGUGCUGCGAGUGGGGGGCGAGGCGCGGGAGGCCACCGUGCGGGAGCUGGCUCCGGGGCGCAAGUACAAGCUGAACCUGUACGGGCUGGGCCCGGCCGGGCGCGUGGGCCCGGUGUCCGCCGUGGCCGUGACUGCCCCACGACCAGAAGUGACCGCUCCAGCCGCCGAGCGCCCCCCGGAGCCGCGCCUGGGGGAGCUGACAGUGACAGAAGUGACCCCCGACUCCGUGAGCCUCGCCUGGACGGUCCCGGAGGGCCAGUUCGACUCCUUCGUGGUCCAGUACAAAGACCGGGAGGGGCAGCCCCGCGAGGUCCCUGUGGCCUCAGACCAGCUGGAGGCCACCGUGCCUAACUUGGAGCCUGCAGAAACGUACACGAUUGACUUAUACGGGCUGCACGGCCACCAGCGCGUGGGCCCCCUGUCCGUGGUGGCCGAGACAGAUCCGCUCCCAGCAGCCCCAGCCACUGAGCCCCCACUGGAGCCGCGCCUGGGGGACCUGACGGUGACGGAUGUGACCCCUGACUCCGUGGGCCUCGAGUGGACGGUCCCUGAGGGUGAAUUCGAUGCCUUCGUGGUCCAGUACAAAGACCGGGACGGACAGCCCCAGUUGGUGCCGGUGAUGGCAGACCAGCGGGAAGUCACUGUCCCCGGCCUGGAGUCCUCCCGCAAGUACAAGUUCGUGCUGUUCGGCAUCCAGGACGGGAAACGGCGCGGCCCAGUAUCUGUGGAGGCAAAAACAGCUGCCCGAGGUGACACCAGCCAGGCGGCUCUGCCCCGCCUCGGGGAGCUGUGGGUGACGGACCCCACCCCGGAUGCACUGCGCCUGUCCUGGACGGUCCCCGAGGGCCAGUUCGACUCUUUUGUGGUCCAGUUCAAGAGCAAGGACGGGCCCCAGGUGGUGCCCGUGGAGGGCCACGCACGCUCCGUCACCAUCUCCUCGCUGGACGCAGGCCGCAAGUACAGAUUCCUCCUCUACGGCCUCCGGGGCCGGAAACGCCUCGGGCCCCUCACUGCCGACGGUGCCACGGAACCCCUGAGUGUUGUGGACGCCCCUGGAGCACAGCGCCCCCCGAAACCCCGCCUCGGGGAGGAGCUGCAGGUGACGAGUGUGACCACAGACUCUGUGGGCCUCUCGUGGACGGUCCCCGAGGGCCAGUUCGACUCCUUCGUGGUCCAGUACAGGGACAGGGACGGGCAGCCCCAGGUGGUGCCCGUGGACGGCAGCCUCAGGGAGGCCCACGUCCCAGGCCUGGACCCUGCGCGGAGGUACAAGCUGCUGCUCUACGGGCUGCACGGCAGCAAGCGCGUGGGUCCCCUCUCCGCCGUCGCCAGGACUGCCCCCAGGGAAGACACCGAAGCCGGACCAGAGGCCCCGAGCGCUGGGGGGGCCGGGCCCCUCCUGGGGGAGCUGACGCUGGAGGAGGCCUCGCCGCACAGCCUGCGAGUCUCCUGGCUGGUGACCGGGGGCGACCUGGACUCCUUUGAGGUCCGGUACACAGACGGGGAUGGACCGCCCCAGGUGGUCAGCACAGAGGGCCACCAGCGCGGAGUCACCCUCAGCGGCCUGCAGCCGGAGCACAGCUACCUGGUGACGCUGUACGGCUUCCACGGGGGGCAGCGUGUGGGUCCAGUCCGCCUCGAGGCCCUGACCAUGUCACAGGAGGAGGAGCACCAGCCCCGGGAACCCCCCGCCACCACCCCCGAGCCCCCCCCAAAGCCGCGCCUGGGGGAGCUGACGGUGACAGGCGCCAGCCCGGACUCCCUCAGCCUCUCCUGGACGGUCCCCGAGGGACACUUUGAUCACUUCCUGGUCCAGUACAGGAACGGGGACGGCCAGCCCAAGGCGCUGCGGGUCCCGGGCCACGAGGACGAGGUGACCGUCUCGGGGCUGGAGCCCGACCACAAGUACAAGAUGCACCUGUACGGCUUCCACGGCGGCCGGCGCGAGGGACCCGUGUCUGUCACCGGGGUCACAGGGCCAGAGGAGGAGCCCCCCAGCCCCCCAGAAGUCAGCACAGAGGCCCCGGAGCCCCCCAGCCCCCCAGAAGCCAGCACAGAGGCCCCGGAGCCCCCCGAAGAGCCGCUCCUGGGGGAGCUGACGGUGACAGAGGCGUCCCCAGACUCCCUGGGCCUGUCCUGGACGGUGGCCCGGGGCCACUUCGACGCGUUCAGCAUCCAGUACAAGGACGAGGCGGGGCGGCCGCAGGUGCUGCGAGUGGGGGGCGAGGCGCGGGAGGCCACCGUGCGGGAGCUGGCUCCGGGGCGCAAGUACAAGCUGAACCUGUACGGGCUGGGCCCGGCCGGGCGCGUGGGCCCGGUGUCCGCCAUGGCCGCGACCGACCCCCUGCCCACGCAGCCCCCCCCAGAGCUCCGCCUGGGGGAGCUGGCUGUGGCCGAAGUGACCUCAGACACAGUGCGCCUCUCGUGGACCGUGGCCCAGGGCCCCUUCGACUCCUUCCUGGUGCAGUACAAGGACGCACAGGGGCAGCCCCAGGCGGUGCCCGUGAGUGGGGACCUCAGCGAGCUCACUGUCCCAGCUCUGCACCCGGCCCGAAAGUACAAGUUCCUGCUCUUCGGACUCCAGGAUGGAAAGCGCCAUGGCCCGGUUUCCGUGGACACCAAGACCCUCCCCGACGUGAAGCCCUCUCCCCGCCUGGGGGAGCUGACAGCGACCGAUGCCACCCCUCACUCCUUGGGGCUCUCGUGGGCCGUCCUCGAGGGCGACUUUGACUCCUUCGUGAUCCAGUACAAGGACAAGGACGGGCAGCCCCAGACGGUGCCGGUGGCCGCAGACCAGCGCCAGGUCACCGUGCCCGGCCUGGAGCCGAGUACGAGAUACAAGUUCCUGCUCUACGGCCUGGCGGGCAGGAAGCGGCUGGGCCCCGUCUCCGCCACCGGCACCACAGCUCCCCUGGAGGAGACUGCGCAGCCCCCACCCCGCCUGGGGGAGUUGGUCGUCAGUGAGGAGACCUCAGACUCCCUGCGGCUGGCCUGGACGGUGGCCCAGGGCUCCUUCGACUCCUUCCUGGUCCAGUACAGGGACGCAGAUGGACAGCUGCAGGCAGUGCCCGUGGCCGCGGACCAGCGUGAGGUCACCGUGGAGGGCCUGGAGCCGGGCAGGACGUACAGGUUCCUGCUCUUCGGGCUAGCCGGCGGACAGCGCGCGGGGCCCGUCUCUGCCCUGGGGGCCACAGCCCCGGCGGAGGACACCCCCGCCCCGGAGCCCCCUGAAGCCCCUCGCCUGGGGCUGCUGGCCGUGACGGAGGCCACGCCGGACUCCCUGCGCCUCUCGUGGAGCGUGGCCCGGGGCCCCUUCGACUCCUUCGUGAUGCAGUACAAGGAUGCAGACGGGCAGCCCCAGGCGUUGCUCGUGGAUGGCGACCAGAACAAGGUCCUCAUCUCUGGCCUGCAGCCUGGCACAUCCUACAAGUUCUUGCUCUAUGGGCUGCGUGCAGGACAGCGCUGGGGGCCCAGCUCGGCAGAGGGCACCACAGGACCCCCUCCUGCCGGCCAGACCCCUGGGGACCCGGGGCCACGGCUGGCCCAGCUGUCGGUGACUGACGUGACCACCAGCUCCCUGCGACUCAACUGGGAGGCGCCCCUGGGGGCCUUCGAUUCCUUCCUGCUCCGCUUCGGCGUGCCGACGCUGCCAAGCACGCUGGCGCCGCACCUUCGUCCCGCGCUGCAGCGGGAGCUGAUGGUGCCCGGGACCCGGCGCUCGGCCGUGCUCCGGGACCUGCGGCCCGGGACCCUGUACAGCCUGACUCUCUACGGGCUGCGCGGGCCUCACAAGGCGGGCAGCAUCCAGGGCACCGCCCGCACCCUGAGCCCAGUUCUGGAGAGCCCCCGUGACCUCCAGUUCAGCGACAUCCGGGAGACGUCAGCCAAGGUCGGCUGGACGCCGCCGCCGUCCAGGGUGGACAGCUUCAAAGUUUCCUACCAGCUGGCGGAUGGAGGGGAGCCGCAGAGUGUGCAGGUGGACGGCCGGGCCCAGACCCACAGCCUGCAGGGGCUGACCCCAGGCGCGCGCUACGAGGUGACCGUGGUCUCCGUCCGAGGCUUCGAGGAGAGCGAGCCCCUCACGGGGUUCCUCAGCACGGUGCCCGACGGCCCCACCCAGCUGCGUGCGCUGAACCUGAGCGAGGGCUCGGCCCUGCUGCACUGGACGCCGCCGCAGAAGCCGGUGGACAAAUACAACGUCCGGGUCACGGCCCCGGGGGCCCCGCCGCUCCAGGGCUCGGCCCCGGGCAGCGCCGUGGACUACCCGCUGCACAGCCUGGAGCUGCACACCAACUACACGGCCACCGUGCGCGGCCUGCGCGGCCGCAACCUCACCUCGCCCGCCAGCAUCACCUUCACCACCGGCUUGCAGGCCCCGCAGGACUUGGAGGCCAAGGAGGUGACGCCCCGCACGGCCCUGCUCACCUGGAGCGAGCCCCAAGUGCCCCCCACAGGCUACCUGCUCAGUCUGGACACGCUUGGCGGACAGACCCAGGAGAUCCUGCUGCCCGCUGGGGUCACCUCGCACCGGCUGCUCGGCCUCUUCCCCUCCACCCCCUACAGCGCCCGGCUGCAGGCCGUGUGGGGUGCCAGCCUCACGCCCCCCGUGGCCGCCUCGUUCACCACGGGUGGGCUGCGCGUGCCCUUCCCGAGGGACUGCGGGGAGGAGAUGCAGAACGGCGCCGGCGCCUCCAGGGCCACCACCGUCUUCCUCAACGGCAACCGCGAGCGGCCCCUGAGCGUGUUCUGCGACAUGGAGACCGACGGCGGCGGCUGGCUGGUGUUCCAGCGGCGCAUGGACGGGCGGACGGACUUCUGGAGGGACUGGGAGGACUACGCCCACGGCUUUGGCAACAUCUCUGGAGAGUUCUGGCUGGGCAACGAGGCCCUGCACAGCCUGACCCAGGCCGGCGACUACUCCCUGCGCGUGGACCUCCGGGCCGGGGAUGAGGCCGCGUUCGCCCAGUACGACUCCUUCCGGGUGGACUCGGCCGCCCAGCACUACCGCCUGCACCUGGAGGGCUUCCACGGCACGGCGGGGGACUCCAUGAGCUACCACAGCGGCAGUGUGUUCUCCGCCCGCGAUCGGGACCCCAACAAUCUGCUCAUCUCCUGCGCCGUCUCCUACCGCGGGGCCUGGUGGUACAGGAACUGCCACUACGCCAACCUCAACGGGCUGUACGGCAGCACGGUGGACCACCAGGGCGUGAGCUGGUACCACUGGAAGGGCUUCGACUUCUCCGUGCCCUUCACGGAAAUGAAGCUGCGACCGAGAGGCUACCGGCCCCCCGCCCGGGGAGGCUGAGCGCCCGCCCACCUCCUGCACCCCGGUAGGACUGCCGAGCACUGAGGGGUCGCGCCCGAGAAGCUCCAGGAGGCCUCUGCCCGCGAUCUCACAGCACCAUGUUUACAGGGGGGAGGGAUUUGUAUGGGAGCAAUAAAGGAGACUUGGAGGCCCCGGC